AUGCCGAAGCGGAACUGGACCGAAGCAAACCCUACAUCUCCACACGGCGUUUCUACCAUCACUCCGAACCUGUCACCUUCUCCUUCUCAUGUUCGGUCUUCUGCUCAGGACAGUCCUCGACCAUUAAAUACUCAGGCUGCUCCCGCUGGGGGCACCCCUCAGAAGCAACUGAAGUCUGAUACCAAGACCGCGACGAUACACAAGGCAAGCUCGACCAAUGGCUCAACCAGUAUGAAUGAGCCGAGGGUUCCGAGCAUUUCUAGGAAGGUCAAGGCAUGUGCAGCGUGCCGUAAGCAGAAGGUGCGCACAGUUAAGCCGUCCAGUCUUCCGGGUCUAAUUGGGUAG